AUGAAUCGAAGAGUCGCCAACGUAGAACCGAGGCGAGAGAGGAAGUCGGCGGAUGCAGCUACGAGCGAUAGACGAGACUCGGGCAAGGAUUACGCACGCCGCUCCAAGGACGACAGAAAAGCUCUCAAGAUGCAGCGCGCGCUGGCCACCGUUUCGUACAACAAACGCUCGUCUAUCAAGGACCGCCUGUCGCAGUUUGAGUCGUUUGACCAGUUCGACCUCGUGCCGGCCCUAAAGACGGCCGUAUCGGACGAGCUGUUCAAGGACAUGGUCGACGUCCGCCCGACACCGGUCCAGCGAUUGGCGAUACCCGCCCUCCUCGGUCAACCAAGCCCCGACGAGCACAAGAAGCGAAGCGAACAGCUCGAGUCCUUCUUGCUAGCAGCCGAGACGGGAUCUGGCAAGACUCUGGCGUACCUGCUGCCCGCCAUCGAUGCGCUCAAGAUCGCCGAGGCCGAGGACCCGGAUAUCAAGGCCUACAGGGAGCGACAGCAGGCCGAGAAAGAGCGACAGGAAGACCAGAAUUUCAAGGGAAAGCCCUUCGAGGAGCCCCAUCCCACCAUGGCCCGGCCCAAGGUGGUUGUCCUCGUGCCGACCGCUGAGCUGGCUCAGCAAGUCAUGCGCGUGUCCAAGUCGCUGUCCCACGUGGCCAAGUUCAAGACUGAGAUGCUGUCGUCCGACCUGAAGGCGCAGCAGAUCCAGCGGAACCUGUAUGGACCCAAGGGUAUCGAUGUCGUCGUCGCCACGCCGCAUCUGCUCGCUUCCAUUGCCGACUCGGACCCCAACGUCCUCUCCCGGGUGGACAGUCUGAUUGUCGACGAGGCCGACUCUUUGUUUGACCGCAGCUUCGCACCUGUCACGACAAGCAUCAUAGAGCGGGCCAUGCCGUCGCUGAAGAAGCUCGUCUGCUGCUCGGCCACCAUUCCUCGCAAACUCAACAACUACCUGGCCACCAACUACCCCAAGAUGGUGAGGAUCACGACGCCCAACCUCCAUGCUAUUCCGCGCCGUGUACAGCUCGGUGUCAUUGACGUGUCCCGCGAUCCGUACCGCAAUAACAAAGAUCUCGCCUGCGCGGACGCCAUUUACACCAUUGGACGAGAGGCAUCGGCCCACGAAGGCCCCGUCAAGGGCGAAAUUGACGUUCGGCGCGUCAUGGUGUUUGUCAACGAGCGCGAGAAGACAGAGGAGGUAGCCGAAUACCUACGCUCCAAGGGCAUCGACGCGGAAGCGUUGCACAGAGACACGCCGGAAAAGCGCCACGGCGAGAUCCUCGAGACGUUUACGACAUCUGAGGCACUGCGCAUCCCAGCGCCAGACACCACGGGCCGCAAGCGCUCACUGGCAAAUGUCAAGGCGCUGGUCGUGACGGACUUGGCGUCGAGAGGCAUCGAUACCCUGGCUGUUCGGCACGUCAUCCUGUAUGAUGUGCCUCACACGACCAUCGACUUCAUCCACCGCCUGGGCCGCGCGGGCCGCAUGGGCAGGCGAGGCCGCGGCAUCGUCCUCGUCGGCAACGACGACAGGAAGGACGUUGUUGCUGAGGUGAAGAGGAGCAUGUUUAUGGGCCAGGCACUCAUCUAG